ACCAGCCAAACAGGUCCUGUUUUUUUAAAUCAGCGAUUCAGGUCCUUUCUUUCUCUGGUGGGAUGAUACUACAAAGUUCUGCGCGGUGGUUAUGAGAGGCAGAGUUAAGUCCUGACUCCGCUGUUGGUGAGGCCACGGAGUAGGGAGGUGGACCAGCCAAGCUAAGUAUAUUGAAGGUGUUUGGAUAUCAAGAUCAAAGAAUUGCUGGAUUUCAGAAGAGGGAAAUAUUAGCCUAGGCUAUGUCACAGUGUAUUUUGCGAAAAGGUGUAACCCUGCAGAUAUUCAAGGUGGGAUUUUUAGUAUCAGCAAAGGUGGGGGGUAGGAUAGGAUGGGGCACUCAUUAGCCCAAUUAUUUAGUGAACGUUUAUUGAGUGGUGUAGCUAAAGCCUUCUGCUAAACCAUAGAGGGAGAGGGAAGACAGUUUCUGCACCCUGAGAGCUCAUAACCCUGUAGUAGGGAUUGUAAAUGGAGAGUGAAGGAAACUGGACCAGCAUUACCUAUGGAGUAGUAAAUGACAAAGGGAGGACUCUUGGAAAAGUGCCCGUGGGGGCUGAGCAUGGAUCUACUCUGCAGGGUGACAAUGAAGAACAGGAAAAAUUACUGAAGAAAAGCUGUACAUUGUAUGUUGGAAAUCUUUCCUUUUACACAACUGAAGAACAAAUCUAUGAACUCUUCAGCAAAAGCGGUGACAUAAAGAAAAUCAUUAUGGGUCUGGAUAAAAUGAAAAAAACAGCAUGCGGAUUCUGUUUCGUGGAAUACUAUUCAAGAGCAGAUGCAGAAAAUGCCAUGCGGUACAUAAAUGGAACUCGUCUGGAUGACCGGAUCAUUCGCACAGAUUGGGAUGCAGGCUUUAAGGAGGGCAGGCAGUACGGACGUGGGCGAUCUGGGGGCCAGGUACGAGAUGAGUAUCGGCAAGACUAUGAUGCUGGGAGAGGAGGCUAUGGAAAACUGGCACAAAACCAGUGAGUGGUGAGAGCUCCAUCGGUGAAAAACUCACUCCUUUGGCCUGUUGAAUUUAUUGAACCUUACCCAAGGUCUUCAAACCAGCUCAUUUUUACCAGGCUGUGAUCAUUAUCUGCUGAGCUGGAAGCCUCUUCAUGGUUUUCCUCUGAAAAUUAUUAAAGGACAGAAUACAAAAGAAUGCCUCUAAUUCUAGUCUUAGAAUCUUGGCCAUGUGUCGGGUCACCAGAAUGAUUUUCUGUUACCAUUUCAGAAACUGUGUUCCUUGGCAACAGAUUUGAUCUGCACUUCUUUUAGGAAGACUGGAAAAAAUUUUAAAUUUGUUUUACCAUGUUUGAGUCUAAGUAGGUUCAUGAUCUAUACUGGGGCCUGGAAUUAUUAAGUUUGCAUGAGAUAAAGUUUAAUAAAUGAGGUUUUGCUAUGUUGUAUAGCUUUGCUCUAAAUUAGUAACAGGUGUUUCACAACUGAAUUUGUUUUUUAUGAAUUCUGAUUGUUAAAGGAAAACUUAGAAACAAGGAGCCUUCCUAAAUAUUAAUAGUUGGUGCAAAAGCAAGCCUUAGUCCCAGGGAACUAAAGCUUCUAUGCUUUACAUAUCAGGAAAUUAGGUGCAGACUUGAAGAGUAUUUACUAAACACAUUUUUUCAAAAAAAUGUAAAUGUUAUACCUAAAGCUUAAAAAAAAAAAAAAGCAAGAGUUUGUAAUAUGAGGAACCUCAAAUACUCCAAGAGGUGGGGGAGACAUUGCAGUCAGAAAUGGGAUGAAGUAUCAGAGACACAAGUUAAAACAAUGCCUUGACAUGAUGAAGGUUGCUGUCAGGGCCAUCUGAUUUAUUUUCAUUUUCAGUGAUCUUGGGAAUGGAGUGGGUUUUAAAGAGCUUGAAGAUUGAGAGAAUGCUUAACAAAAACAAUCACAGAAGCUUCCUGCAGGAGAUGUCUAUUCUAGCCAAUUCUCAUAUUGAAGUGUGUUUUCAUUUCUAAAUGUGCUAAUUACUGAGGUCCAAGCUUUGAUAGGGAGCUGAUAGUCUCUACAGAAAGGGGAGUCUAGAGAAUUUAUUUUGCAUUUGUGAGGCAAGAGGUGAUUUCUCUCUAAUGUGAGCUACUGCUCAUUUAAAACUGUUAAGUCUAGUAUAAUUUUCCCUGAUGUGAAAAAAUGUGAAUUUUUUUCCAUUUAGCAACAAAGUAUCUUCUAACUUGCAAUAGUUUGUGAAAGUUGGGGCUGAAGUACCUCAAUGUGAACACGUUUCAUGUUAUGGUAAGUAUAGGUUUUCCCAUUAAAUUCAAACUGGUUACCUGCAUUUUUAAAAGAGCUGUAACUAGUUGUAAGUGCUUAGAAAGAAAUUAUUUGCAAACAUUUUAUGAAGAUACACUGUUCAUUUUUAAAAUUUCUUUUUAUGCUAUAGUUUGAACUAAUGUAUUUUAUAUUCUUUUGUAGUAAAACAUAACUCAGAUUUCUACAGGCCUUAAAACCACAAACUGAUUAUUUGAAUGGUGUCUUCUGUAACAGGUUUUAAUAAAGUUGGACGAACUUAU